UGUCCAUUAGUUUACUCCAAUUAGGGGAGGGGUGGUAGGGUUGGAGGAAAAUGAUGAAGAAAAAUCACACCUCCUCCAUGCUUUACAGGUGGGAACCACACGUGUGGAGAUCAUCUGUUCACCUUCUGUGUCUAACAAAGUCACGGCGGUUGGAACCAAAAAUCUCACAUUUGGACUCAUCAGACCAAAGGACAGAUUUCCACCAGUCUAAUGUACAUUGUUCGUGUUUUUUGGCCCAAGCAAGUCUCUUAUUAUUAUUGGUGUCCUUUAUUAGUGGUUUCUAUCAAUUAGACCAUGAAGGCCUGAUUCACACAGUCUCCUCUGAACAGUUGAUGUUGAGAUGUGUCUGUUACUUAUUUGGGCUGCAAUCUGAGGUGCAGUUAACUUUAAUGAACAUAUCCUCUGCAGCAGAGGGAACUCUGGGUCUUCCAUUCCUGUGGCGAUCCUCAUGAGAGCCAGUUUCAUCAUAGCGCUUGAUGUUGUUUUUGACUGCACUUGAAGAAACUUUAAAAGUUCUUGACAUUUUUUGUAUUGACUGACCAUCAUGUCUGAAGGUAAUGAUGUACUGUCAUUUCUCUUUGCUUAUUUGAGCUUUUGAUUUAAAAAAGAUAUAUAUAUAUUUGAGCUUUAACCAAAUUGGGCUAUCUUCUGUAUACCACCCCUACCUUGUCACAACACAACUGAUUGGCUCAAAAGCAUUAAGAAGGAAAGAAAUUCCACAAAUUAACUUUUUAAUUAACACCUGUUAAUUGAAAUGCAUUCCUGGUGACUACCUCAUGAAGCUGGUUGAGAGAAUGCCAAGAGUGUGUAAAGAUGUCAUCAAGGCGAAGGGUGACUACUUUGAAGAAUCUCAAAUAUAAAAUAUAUUUUGAUUUGUUUAACACUUUUUUGGUUACUACAUGAUUCCAUUUGUGUUAUUUCAUAGUUUUGAUGUCUUCACUAUUAUUCUACAAUGUAGAAAAAAGUAAAAUAAAGAAAAACCCUUGAAUGAGUAGGUGUGUCCAAACUUUUGACUGGUACUGUCCAUGCUGUUGUGAUGAUGAUGAGGAUGAUGAUGACUGAUAACAACGACAACAAUGAUGGGCUAAUAAUAAUAUUAUAAUAACAAAUACAAAUGGUUCUUUUUAUUUUUCCUCAUAGCGCUUCUGUCACAACAGAUAUGGAAGUGAAGCUGAAAGCACUUGAGUGUCACUUUACAUGGGGAAUAGAAAAGGCUGACAUCAAGGACCGGGACAGCCUCCCUGAAAAACUUCUGGAUCGCAUCAUGAAGUUCAGCACUUCGAACCAUGCCACAUAUUUCAACUUACUAGCCUUUCUGAGCCACCUGGAGGAAAACAAUGUUAGUGCUCUUGAGUAUCUCCACAAGGCUGAGAGUGCAUUGAAGAAUAGACAGGAUGAUACAGAGUUACUGGUAACCUAUGCUAACUUUGCAUGGGUUCACUAUCACUCAGGGAACAUGAAUGAUGUGGAUGCCUACAUUGGAAAGCUGGAAAACAUCCAUAAGGGUUUUACGACUGCUAUUCAAGGCAGUUUACCUUCAAUACAUGGUGAGAAGGCUUGGAGUUUUCUAAGGCUUGGUGGGCUAUUUUACAAGGGGGCAAAGCAGAGCUUUCAGAAAGCUCUUAAGGGAGAACCAGACAAUGCAUCCUUCAACGUGGGCUAUGCCAUGGUCCUGUACAGGUUGGAGGGGUUAGCCAUUGGUGGAAAAGAGAGGUUGGCGCAUACUGAAGGUGCUACUCAGCUAAGGAAAGCCUUAUCCUUAGAGCCCGAUAACACUGAAGUCAUGGUCCUGCUAGCCCUGCAGCUUCAACACCAAAGUAGACAUGAAUCCAUGAAACUCAUCAAAGAGGCCCUCAGACUGUCUCCUGACGUGCCUCACGUCAUACGUUACGUGGCAGAGUUUUACAGUCACGAGGGCAUCAAUGAGACCCUGGAGGUUCUGAAGAAAGCUGUGAAACUGUCUCCAAACUCCUCCUUCAUGCAUGACCAAAUCGGCCGGUGUCACAAAAAUCUGUUCAACCAGAUGUCUGAGCAGAAGAGGAAAGGGAGAUGGGUCAAUGCACGCCAGAUAAAAGAGAAGAUGGAGCUCUGCAUCCAUCACUUCUCCAGAGCUGUGGAACUGAAGCCAUCCAACGUCCAAUUCAGGUUGAACCUAGCUGAGGCUUACGGAGACAACUACCAGCUGGAGGAGGCGAUGAAGAUCUUCACCAACCUGCUGAAAGAUGAGUCCCUUAGUGACUCAGACAAGCAGCAAUGCUACACCGGUUUCGGCCUGUUUCUGUUCUACAGGAAGAAAGACGUGGAUGGUGCUGUGACCCAGUUCAAAAAGGCCUACCAGAUUCCUAUUAAGAGUAGGGACAGGAAUAAGGCUAGGAUGAGGCAGAAGCAGAUCGCUUACCAGAAGAGAGUUGGCGAGACCUCUGAGAUUUUGGAAUUCCUCGCCACUGAAGAUAAAAAAGGCAGGAAUGCUGAAGAGCCAAGGAGAGUCGAGGUGCACUCUUCAGACACAGAUGACCUUACAGAUGCCCUAGGCAAAGGAAUGAAACUGAAAUGAUAUAAGGGAGACCGGUGAUGGUUGUCACAGUGCUAAUUGCUCCCAAUUGAAAUGGAGCUGUGUAAUAAUUUUAAGGUAAAAAUGUGAAUUAUUUGAAAUAACAAUCCAUAUCAGAAUGACAAAACAUUGGGCUGAGCGGAAUUUAGGUUUUCGUAGUUAAAAGUAAAACAAUUUAGAAAAAAAAAUCUUAUCGGACUAUGCAUGAACAAUGUUUGUUGAAAAGAGGAAAGAGAGAAAUAUAUAUUUCAAACCAAUUCCUAGGUCAAGCUAACUAGCAUCUUAAUUAGCAUUGGGAGGAUCGUUGGGGAUGUUUGUCACAUGGAAUACGGGGUUGGUUGUCACUUUUAACAAUGCAACUGCCAGUAUACAAUAAAUCCCAAACUAUUUUGUUCUUGUGAUAUAAAGAGCUCCCUUCUUUGCCUUUCUCCCACAUACGUUUUCUGUCACACACCAACACGAUUUAUACUUUUACUUUUGAUACUUAAGUAUAUUUAGAACCAAAUACUUUUAGACUUUUACUCAAGUAAUAUUUUACUGGGUGACUUAAAUUUUUACUUGAGUAACUUUCUAUUAAUGUAUAGAUACUUUUACUCAAGUAUCACAAUUGGGUACUUUUUCCACCUCUGAUUUCAACCUUGUUCUUUCUCCAAACAUCAAAAAGAGUCUUGUAAGAUAUACUGGUGCUGAGAAAUACACAAGAGUAAAAAGUGUGACAACCAACCACCCCUAUCUUACAACGCAUGGCUUAUAGGAGUACUGCUGUAUGCAUUUAAAUGUGUUUCUGUAACUGUAACUUCAAGUAGUGUGUACCUUUCUUAAGUUUGAUUUCAAAAUCAAUAUAGAGUUAGAAUAUAUUACCUAUGGAAAACAUGUUUCUAUGUCUUUGGAUGUGUCCCAUUUCAGGUUAAUUAGAUAUGACCAUUCAACUGCAGUAGCUCUUGUAAGUGACAUUAACAUUGUGUAGAGAUAAUAAAACAUAUUACCAACA